UCGGGAGCUGUGGCCUCUCCUCGCCCUGCUGUGGUGCAAACGUCCCACUCCAGCUGCGGAGCUCCGUGAGAUCGGGCCACUCCUGCAGGUCCCUUCGAAGGAGGAUACGGACAGCGGUUGGAAAGUAUCUGCCUCCCCUACGUUGCUGUUUCAGCUAUUUGUAAGGUCAUGUAGAGGAGCAGAUUUCAUCUGAAGAUGGGACUGUUGGUGUUCAUGCGGAACCUGCUGCUAGCCCUCUGUCUCUUUCUGGUACUGGGAUUUCUGUAUUAUUCUGCUUGGAAGUUGCACCUUCUCAAAUGGGAGGAUUCCAAUUCAGUGGUUCUUUCCUUUGACUCCGUUGGACAUACAAUAGGCUCAGGAAGGAGAGAGAGAAAAACUGUGACUCUUGUGCUUCCGCUGUCCGUCCCAUCUCACCUUGCUGCAGACCCAGGAAAAGACAGAGUCCAGAAAGAACUCAAAGAAACAAUGGCAGCUCCAGUCCCAGCCAUUCCUAAAUAUGACAAACUGGGCUUUCUCCUGAACCUGGACUCAAAAUUGCCUCCAGAAUUGGCAUCAAAGUAUGCAAAUUUCUCUGAGGGAGUUUGCAAGCCUGGUUAUGCAUCAGCGCUCAUGACAGUCAUCUUCCCAAAGUUCUCCAAGCCGGCACCAAUGUUCUUGGAUGAUUCCUUCAGGAAAUGGGCACGUAUCAGGGACUUUGUACCUCCCUUUGGAAUUAAAGGACAAGAUAAUCUGAUAAAAGCCAUCCUGUCAGCAACCAAAGAUUACCGCCUAACUCCAGCUCUUGACAGUCUCAGCUGUCGACGAUGUAUUAUUGUGGGAAAUGGUGGAGUACUUGCAAAUAAGUCGUUGGGGUUAAAAAUUGAUGACUAUGAUGUUGUUGUCAGGCUGAACUCUGCUCCAGUAAAGGGCUUUGAAAAAGAUGUGGGUGGCAAGACAACUCUCCGGAUCACAUAUCCUGAAGGUGCAAUCCAGAAAAUGGAGCAGUAUGAGAAGGAUUCACUAUUUGUUCUGGCGGGAUUCAAAUGGCAGGAUUUCAAGUGGCUGAAAUACAUUGUUUACAAGGAGAAAGUGAGUGCCUCUGAUGGCUUUUGGAAGUCAGUUGCAACCCGUGUCCCAAGGGAACCUCAUGAGAUACGUAUCCUGAAUCCCUACUUCAUCCAAGAGGCAGCUUUCAGCUUCAUUGGACUGCCUUUCAACAACGGCCUGAUGGGCAGAGGGAACAUCCCCACUUUGGGAAGUGUAGCAAUAACCAUGGCGCUCCACAAUUGCGAUGAGGUGGCGGUAGCUGGCUUUGGCUAUGACAUGAGCUCACCGAACGCACCGCUGCACUACUACGAGAACAUCAAGAUGUCGGCCAUCAAAGAGUCCUGGACACACAACAUCCAACGGGAAAAGGAGUUCCUGCGGAAGCUGGUGAAAGCCCGAGUCAUCACUGACCUAACCAGUGGGAUUUGAGUGGCUGCAGCCACUGCCUCAAAUGGAGGAGAGGAAGACACAUGCUGCAGCUCUGAGAGCAGGCACUGGCAGCCCUCUGCAAGAAUCCCACCUCACUGGAGACAGGCAGAGGUGCUCUGGGAAGGCCCUCUCGCAUUACCAGGCUGCCCAAGUGUUGCAUCUGCUGCCUCCAGUCCUAGAGCCGGCAGGAGGUGGGCAUGGGACCGAGUGGGCAGUUCUUGAACUCUGCAUCGCAGACGGCUCUUCUGUGUCUAGAAUUAAACAGGAAAGACUCAGGAGAGAGGCGAGAGGUGUGUGAACAAAGCAAUUUGUGCCAAAUGGGAGGUGGCGCUGCCCUGAAGCAGCAAUGCCUGAAUGUACAAAGUAUUAUUUUUUAAAAGAAACUCUGCUGGAGUCAUACUAGAAAUACCAAGGUGCAAAGCAAAGUCUGCUUGUGCACAGCCCUGCAAAAAGCUCGGCCUCUCCACGCUCCAUCUGCAUUGUCACUGGCCGUAGGCCUUUCCCCAGGAAAACAAAUCCGUCCAAAACUUCAGUAUUGUUGGUGCUGCUAUAAUUUAAAGGGAGAAUGGCUUUCUCUCGUUCUCCACUUGGAAUUUCUGGUUGGAGAUGAGCAUGGGUUUGUUUUUCUGCACUUUUCCUUGCUUCCUGCAUAGAGGCAGCAGCAGCAACCACUUAUUUGGCUGCGUUUUCCAUAGCUGUUGCUCUGCCCUGACUCUGCCUUGACCCCGACAUGGAGCAGGGAGCCAAUGGCUUUCUCUGCCUGCAGCAGACCCUCGCUGCCUUCCUGCCUGUUACAGCGUUGAGGAGCCUGCCUUGUUGUGCUCAAGGCUUUCAGGCCUCUUGGUUUGUGCCUGCUGUGCAGGACCCUCGUGGAGUCCGUGCAGACUGGUGUCACCAUUUCUGGACAGCAUCUCGCUUUAUUUUUGUGUGGGAGAGGAGUAAUUUAUUUUUUGGAAGGAGGUCAGAUCUUGCGUGGAGAUCUGAUAUUUUACAGUGUUUAAGAACAGGCAGCUGAAGACACGUUUGUUUCAUGUUCCUGACUUGAUCAUGUUCCCUAUUUAAGUGACUCAUGACCUCUGUGAUGAUGGAGCCUGCUGGCAGGGGUGGCGGGGUUGCUGGGAACCCUUGCCAUCUGCUUGGCCCCUGCUCACUUCAUUUCCAAGCUCCUCCCGUGCUGCUCUAGCACUGCUGCUGCUCCUGCUCUCAGGAGUGUGUCCCUUCCUUUGCUGUCUUGGUCCCGAGAUGCAGUAUUUGCACAUCUGAUUUGUGUACGUAUUUCAGAGGAGCUGGAAUAAACUGAGCAACGCAGCCGAGUGUGAAGAUGGUGGGGUAGUCUUAUCUGUCUGGAGAGUGUGGGCAGAACGGGGACUGCCGGGGGAAUGGUUACAGGUGGAAAUGUGCUCCUGCUCUCUCCUAGCCUGGAAGGGGCCGGACUGCACCAGCAGAGGGGCAGUGCGGACUCCAUGCCCCAAGCCGAGUCCCUGUAUGUUGAGGCACCAGUGUGCAGCCAACCCCUGGUGGGGUCAGUGGAGGGGGCCUCCGGGAGGGAUGUUAGCAAGGCUCCCGGUCGUGACGCUGUAUCUGACGUUGUCCAGAGGAUCGCAGUCUGCCUUGCUCUGAGCUGGAGGGGGAAACGUAGCCCUCACAUGGAUAAACAGGGAAAGGAUGUUUAGAGCAAGGCUCGCACAAGUUUCCCCAGGCUGUCUCUGCUCCGCUGGCUUGCAGUGGGUCAUGGCUCCUGGGCUGAGACCCCACAGAGGAUGCACAGGAUGGGGCAGGCAACGAACUAGGCAUGGGUACAAAAUGGUUUGAGAUCAGGCUGCAGGCAGAGGCAGCUCUCAGUCUUGACGUGGUGCUGGCCACAACCUAGGGUGGGGCAUGCCCCUCAGAAGCCUUUCUUGUGUGGGGCAUCCAGUGCGCCCAUAGCCAAGGAACCUACUUGGGGGCAAGUCCUGUCCAGCUUCUGCUCAGGGCUGCUCCCUGACUCAUGGUCUGGGCAUAGCUCAAAGAUCCUGCCUCUUCCAGGCCUCAGAGGACAAAGAGAUGCUGAGAGGCUCGCCCUUGCCCUUGCCCUUGCCCUUGCCCUUGCCCUCUGUCCUGCCCCUGCCCCAGGGGCUCUGCCUGUCUGUCCAAGCCAGGCAGUCCCUGCUCCCCCGAGGUACUUGCCUGCUCUGGCAGUUCCUCCCCUGGGAUGCUCCAUGGGGUUUUCAGCAUGCUGGGCCAGUGCCGCGACUGGCACUCAUUUGAAUAUUCUCCCCCAAUUUGUUUUUCCUGCUCGAGGAGCCUGAGGAGCUGGAUUUCCGUGGCUCUCCUCAGGUGACAUUCCCUCUGCAGUCUCUGCGCACCGAGGCCCUGUCGAGGUGGCAGUGGGGGUCCUGGGCUGGAGGUUGUUGCUGAGGGCAGGGUGGGCACUGUCCUCCCAUCUUGGUGCUCAAAUCCAGUCUUUGACCAGCCACUGCAGGAGCCGCAGAGUGGUGAUGAGGGUGAUGGACAGUAUCCACACACCAUGUUGAGCUGAGGCACCAGAGAAUGGGAUAGCUGCAGCAGGGAGGAGGAGGAGAGUGGGGAAGAGCCUUCGGUGUCAGUGCCCUCCUCACCGCCUCAGAGGAGCAGAGAUGUGAGGCCGAUCAGGAGGGGAAUCAUUUACGAUUCCCCUCCUGCUCACUGUCGCAGAUGAUGCAGGAUGAGCACACAAUGACCGAGCAUCUCCUGGGCAGCCUGGCUAGGUGACCAUCCUUCUGUGCCCCUGCUGAGCACCUAGACUGGGGACCUGGGCUAGCUUGGGGACCUUUUGCUAGCAGGAUCUUGUGGUCCUGGGAUUAGCUGCAGGGGAUGCAUUCCCCCAUGGAGACUUGCAGUGGCAUUACAUUUAAUUUUGUCCCUUUUACUCAACACUACAACACUGUGGGACACCUUUAACCCUCCGCCUCACUGGCUUCAAGCCCAUGGAGGGAACAUCUCCCCUACUCUGCUUUCCCUGCCAUCGCAGCUCCCACCACGAUCGGGGCCAGGUCCUGAUGGGAAACACUCCCUGCGGACCAGGGAGGUGGCUCCAGGUGACCCAGUGGGGGUCUCUAGGCAGAAGCGCCCAGGCUGGUUAGACGAGUCCCUGGCCUAGGGUGACUGCGGUGGGUUGGAACCCUAUCUGCAGGCAGAAGGCGAGAGGAUGGGGAGCACAUGCUGGGGGGCCGGAGGCUCCUCGCCGCUCACUGUCCCCUUGUGCCUUCAGCUGAGGACUCUCAGUGGGACCCGUGGUGGGGCCCAGUUAGGGGAGCGACCCCAAGGAGCAGUCCGCAGCCAGGCCCUGGGCGUGCUGCCGGCACACGCCCUGGUCUGGGGGCAGCCCACGGUGCUGGUUCUCCCUCCCGGAGGCCCUUCCUUUGGCUUGUUGCCCACGUGCACCUGCAGCCACCUCCCGCCCUCUGAAAGGCUGCAGCCCUGCCAGCCAGAGCGGUGCGCGCGGGUCAGGGCAGGGUCAGUGGGACGGAUGUGAGUCUUGGCCUCUCCCUUGCCGUGACUCACCUUUUUGUCUCAGAAGGGAGAGCCCAGGGGAAUUCUCCACAGCCUAAAUAUAGAGCGGGGUUGCCUGACACCUGACGCACUGCUAUGCAGAAAGGCCAUUCGGGUGGCAGGGGACCUGCCUGGAGAGGGGCUGGGGAGGUCAGGGGUGGGGAGAGCCCUGUGCUGGGGGAGAGCCAGGCAUGAGGUGCUCCUGCGGGAUCUUCCUCCCACCCGGGCAGCGAUCAGGUCUGGGGGUGCUGCUGGCCCGCAGGGACACAGGCACACGCCGGCCCGGAGGAGAGGGGCUGCAGGGGAGCUGCCACUGUGCUGACUGCAGCAUGAGCCGGUGCGACCAGGCUGCUUGAGUGCUUGGGGCGUGCAGCUCUCCCCAGUGCUGCUGGCCCAGCACCGGGGUCCCCCACCAGCUCACCCCAGGGCAGAUCUGGCCACGCAGUAGCCUCCAGCUUACACGUGCCAAAUGGAGGCAGCGGGGAAGGAUCUGCUGCUGCCUGACAUCCCUCAGCCCAGCAUCUCAGCCCAACACUCCUCGCUCCAACAUCCCUCAGCCCAGCAUCCCUCGGUCUGGCAUCUCUGGGCUUCCAGGGGCUCCCUUCUCCUGGGGGAGAGCAUCAGGGAGGGCAGGAGGCCCUGCCCCAUCAUGCUGCUCUGCCCUGUCCGUGCGGGCACUGGUGGGAGAUGGGGAAGGUGCCAAGCCAGGGCUGUCUGUCUGUCGGUCUGUGCGUAUCUACCUGGUGGUGCUGGGGAGCUCUUCUGCAGCCAGCAGGCAGGCUGGGUACGGGCAGUGCCCAGGAUGGGCAAGGGCUUCCAGGCGGCCUGGCGGGGAGGCGCCCGGCACGCGACACCCGCUGGCUCCCCCGGCACCAGCGCCGCGCAUGCAGUCAGUCGGAGCGUGUGUCACGCGAGCAACACAAAAUAUUGC